AUGGUGUUUCUGAGGAGAAAGAAACAUGUGGUGUUGCCCGAAGGAGGGCAAAGGAGAAGCGCAAGAUUGCAAGCCCUAGAAGAGCAGAAGGCGGCAAAUGCUGCAGCGUCGGCGACCGAUGCUUUGCAACCUUCCAAUGCUGCACAAACAAGUACGAGGAAACGAGGAAGAAAGAAGAAGGAAAAACCUACAGAGGUAGCUUCUCCGAGCGACGAUGAUUGGUCCGAGUCGAGCGGAGUGCAGCGGAGGGACACAUAUAGGCCUUGGAACCAUUCGAGCGAGGCAAUAGUUUCAAUGGCUUUGGAGAAGCCAAUACAGCUUGUCUACAACAACAGCGGACCGAGUUACAGAGAGAGCUUGCUACGCUUCGUGAGAGAUGCAGGCCCGAAGGCGAAGAUGGCGGCACAGAUGAGGCUGCAGCAGUGUUGGGUGCGAGGGCAUGACCUUCAUGCAAGUUCUUCUGCGACCGGAGAAGCCGGACCGAGUUCCAGCACCAACUAUGAGGAUGACCGAGUGAUGAAAGGCCCGAUCUGCGAGCUGGAGACCGAUGAGCUUCUCAGGCGGUUCACUGUGUUGGGCACAGCAGGAAUCCCGGAGGGAAGCUUGGCAGCGAGUUCGGAGCAAAGGGUCGGUGGCAAUGCAACCUUGGCUUCUCCUGUGACCGCGGCAGCACCGCCAGAAUGCACCUCCAUAUACGAUCUCUCGUUCUGGCAGUCAAAGCUGAGAGCGGAUCCAUCUUAUGCAACUACACGGGGCCAUGGCCGGGAUGCUAGCUAGCUCUGGGGAUCCCAAUCCCUUCGAGACGAGCUCUCUGAGUUCACUUUACAGCAGGAAGAAGUGAUCCUCUUGUCCAUAAACUUUUUCUUUUCGCUACCGAAGACUCAAUGAUGCUGUUUGUCAUAUAAAAUGAUUAUUAAGAU